UCAAAGAGAAGGUAGAGCAGCUGGGAAGCCUCAGCCGGUGAAUGUUGGUUUUGAGGCUGGUGGAGGGAGAGAAGGCUGGCCACCAAUGGGGCAGACCACUUGUGCAGUCCCGAAUUAGGAGUGUGGGUGGCAUCGGUGCAAGCACAAUUUCACAUAUUUGAAUUUUGUUUGUUCACUGUGCAGUGUGUGCUCAUUGCUGCUGGAGGAAGACACUGGACUGACCCAGGAAACCGAAGGGGUUGAAUAUCCAAGAGUCACACAGAAGGGCAAUUUUUACCCCCUGAAUCACACACUUCUUUGAUUAUGGUGUGAUUAUGGUGGUAGUAGCAAGCCGAGGCAGCCAUUUAAUGUUUGGAAAACCUGCUAAACCCAUUGCCCAGGGACUGUGUUGCAUUUAUGAAUUAUUUGGACAAUUGUCCAGUUGAAAGGGAACUUACAGGAGCUUUAUAACAAUUUUACAAAGCUCACUCUAAGAUUAAGCUGUUAAACCUAUACUUCCCUUUGGUGCUUAAUUUUCAAAGUAUUACUGAUAACUAUUUUUAUGAAUCAAGUCCUUAGAAAGGCCAAGUCACUUGGAUGAAAUAGCAACCACAAUAGGAAACUUCUAAAUGCUACCCCUGUGGUAGGUUCUCUUAAUUUUAUUGUGGUCUAAAUGGAAUAGCCUGUGUUCUCGGGUAUAAGGUUUGUAGUUUGUCAAUAUAACCUUUACCAAAGCUUUAGAUUCCCACCGAGUUAGUGGGAUUUUGUUACUAUUUUUUUUUCGCAGCAAAAUAUUUCCUUUUAAAACUUUUGUAACAAGACAUAGAUUCUCAAUUUACUUAAGAGUCACUUUGCCAUGUUAGAAGAUGCUUUUUUGGAAGAAGACAUCUGGGAAUACAAAUCUAAAAGGAAACCAAAGCCGGUACGUACAAAUAAUUGCUCUGAGGAUACUCCAAAAUCUGUUGAAAACGCAACAGAUGGAAAAUACCCGUCAAAACGAAAGAGACAUAAAAAAAGAACUGUAGAAGCUAACGAGAAGACAAAGGACCCCGAAAUGUGCCUUGGAGGGACUGAUAGUCCAACUUCUGCAGCUUCUAGUCAGAAUUCUAGUUGCGGGGAUGGUAUUCAGCCGUCCCAAGAUCAGGAGACCACUCCAGGAAAGCACGGUAGGACUGGCAAACACAAAUACGUGUCUCCCAAGAUACGUCCAGUUUAUGAUGGAUACUGUCCAAACUGCCAGAUGCCUUUUUCCUCAUUGCUAGGUCAGACACCUCGAUGGCAUGUUUUCGAGUGUUUGGAUUCGCCACCAGUCUCUGAAACAGAGUGUCCUGAUGGUCUUCUGUGCACCUCAACAAUUCCUUCUCAUUUCAAGAGAUACACUCACCUCCUACUGGCUCAGAGCAGAGCCAGCAAUAGGCCUCUCAGCAGCCCCCCACGUGGGUCAGGGGGUUGUUUCAAUGAGACUAAUUCAGGCUUCCUCUGUAGCCUUGAGGAAAGAUGGUCUCUGCCUCAGAAACCAAUGGAAAACUUAAAAAAUGUCUCAACUCCCCCGACACAAUGUCUAAAGAAAUCUCAGUCUCCCGCUGAGACCAAUACAAAGCUUUCUUCUUGGACAAAUCUCCAAACGUCCCAACAAACCCCACAACUUCCAGAAAGUAUUAAUAAUGACAAACUGGUUGGAGUUGGUUUGCCUCUCGCCCAAGAAUCAAGCAGCCAAAACAACUCAGAACUCGCACUCUGGCCACCGCCGGAAAGGGAUUUUAGCAACUAUGAAAUCUCUUACUCUCCACUUCAAAGCGAUGAGGAAAUGUACGAUCUGGAUGAAGAGCUAGGUGAUUCACAGCAGGAGCUGCUGCUUACAGGAAGCUCUAAAGAUGGCAGCCUGGAAGGAGACGACACCAACUCUCCUUUGUUUCAAAAACUCCAUGGCUCCUCACUGGAGGACCAGCAGGAGAGCGGCCCCCACGUGCCCGGCUUCUCAACUCCGGAGAGACACAACGAAGCACUGUACAAAUACAGCACGCGAGCCGGUCCAUCUCAACUUCUCUUCCAAAAUAACAGUAUUACUUCGUGUGAUGAUAGAGCAUAUGCUGGUGAUGAUUUUGUGCCAUUUCCAUCGGCAUUAGCAGAGAGCCUUACUUCUAGUUAUCAAGCUGUUGGGGCAACACCUGGCCCGCCAGAACGCCAGUCAAAUACACAGAAACAGGUAAUUGAAGAAUCAGCUGUUUGCAAUCAGAUCUCCCUUCCGGCACUUAGUAGUGAAAUGCCAAAAGCGUCUGAAAGCCAGGGAGAAGGGGAUCGUUCUUCCCACUCAACCCCAGGUAAAAUCAGAAAAUCAUCAAAUAAGAACUUCAGUGCUAAGAACAAUGUGAACACCACAUGUGUCUGCGGAAAGGCAUUAGGGGGCACACAAGGCAGUAAAGGUACAAUUCCAAAUACAGAGAAAUCUAGUUCGACUGCUGUGGCUGAGCCUCUGAAAAUGUCGCCAUCUGGCCCAAAGUGUCCUGCGACACAGCCUUCUUCCAAGGUAAUGAAACAAAUGGACAUAGGUGUUUAUUUUGGACUGCCACCCAAAAGAAAAGAAGAGAAGUUGCUGGAGGGAAGUGCAGUAGAAGGGCUGAACUUAAAUCCAGCUGGGAGUCCUACGGAAAAGAGGUCCCGGCAGCGCAAGAGGAAAGCAGAAAAAUCUUUAAGUGAUUCAGAAUUCGAUGCAAAGGAUUUAAAUGAGACGCAGCCCUCUGUGGAAUUUUCCAGUGAGCCGUCAGUGCAUCAAAGAAAAAGACAGAGAAAGUCCGAUUCUCUACCGGCAGGAGCACAUCAGAAGAGGUCACAUCGCCUUAUUAACGGGACAGAAUCUGAAACUGUCAAUUUAAGGAAAGACAAAGUCUUCAGAAAAUCAGCUGGUGGCAGGCAGCAGAGAGGGAACACAAAAUUCCCAGAGUCACCGAAUGCAGGACAAUUAAGAAGAAAGACAUGUCCAUUCUAUAAGAAAAUACCUGGGACUGGCUUUACAGUCGAUGCCUUCCAGUAUGGACUGGUCGAAGGUUGCACAGCCUAUUUCCUCACACAUUUUCAUUCUGAUCAUUACGCCGGAUUGUCUAAAAACUUCACAUUUCCAGUUUACUGUAGUGAGAUAACUGGCAAUUUGUUGAGGAGCAAACUUCACGUGCAAAAGCAAUAUGUCCAUCCUCUGCCGAUGGACACCGAGUGUAUAGUAAAUGGUGUAAAAGUUGUUUUGCUUGAUGCCAAUCACUGUCCAGGUGCAGUCAUGAUCCUGUUCUGUCUUCCUAACGGUAAAGUCCUCUUACACACCGGAGACUUCCGGGCACACCCUGCCAUGGAGCGUUCUCUCCUCGCAGGCCAGAAGGUCCACACGCUUUACCUAGAUACAACAUACUGCAGCCCAGAAUACUCCUUCCCAUCUCAGCAAGAGGUUAUCCAGUUUGCCAUCAACACUGCCUUCGAGGCGGUAACUCUAAACCCACGUGUUCUUGUUGUCUGUGGCACUUAUUCUAUUGGAAAAGAGAAAGUCUUCCUAGCCAUUGCUGAUGUUUUAGGUUCAAAAGUGGGCAUGUCCCAAGAAAAAUAUAAAACCUUACAGUGCCUCAACAUCCCAGAACUUAAUUCCCUCAUCACUACAGAUAUGUGCAACUCACUGGUCCACCUUCUCCCAAUGAUGCAAAUUAACUUUAAGGCUUUACAGAGUCAUUUGAAGAAGUGUGGUGGAAAAUAUAAUCAGAUUUUGGCUUUUCGACCUACAGGAUGGACACAUUCUAACAAAUUAACUAGAAUAGCAGACAUUAUUCCCCAGACCAAAGGAAACAUUUCAAUAUACGGAAUCCCUUAUAGUGAACACAGCAGCUACCUAGAAAUGAAACGUUUUGUUCAGUGGCUGAAGCCCCAGAAAAUCAUACCUACCGUGAAUGUUGGCACUUUGAAAUCUAGGAGCACAAUGGAGAAAUACUUCAAAGAGUGGAAGUUGGAAGCCGGAUAUUGAUGUUACCCGAAAGGACUCGGAACUAGUUAAGUAACUUACAUGUAGCUCAUUACUAGUUAAAUCUUCAGUGAUAUGAAACACACUUUGUAUGGAAAACCUCAUGAAGGCUGCUCAUAUAAGUUGUUUCCUCAUUUACAUUUGAGCAGCGUGUUCAUUCAUGGUGCCCAGUGUCUCAGCAUCGUCAGUAAUGAUGGAGACUUGUGUCCCAAGUACCCUUGACCCUUGCUCCUCCCACGGAAGUGGGCACAGCCUGCAUCCAGCCUCAGGAGAGGCAGCCUUAGGGGCCAAACGAUUCAUGAUAAUGGAUCAUCGAAAUUGAAAGCAUUAUCUAGAAGUAAUUUUGUAUCUUUAAAAUUAUUUAAUAUGGGGCAUAUUUUUAUGAGAUAACUUUUAUAUGAUA